AUGUAUGUGACAAAACCUCUUUCCAUGUACCGGAAAUCUCCAAACACCCUUUCUAUACAGCCACCAGAUGCACCUUAUUCCGGUCAUUUAGUAGUUACAGAUGAAGAAGCAGAAGCACAAGACUCAUGUUGUUGGGGUAUUUUCAAGCGUGAACAGAUUAAGCAACUACCAUUUCCACAAGACAAGAUACUCACCGUUGUUUAUACAUCGGAUUACCAAGAAGCAACCACCACCAAAGUUUGGUUCAUCCCUGUUCUUGAUCAGCCUCUUUCUUCUAAUUGCUACUAUGUCAUCAAAGCAAAUGGAAGACACAAAGGGAAAGCAUGCAGAUGUUCUAAAGAGAGGGACAUAAUGAACUGCUGCUUCAGAGACUUCUCGAGGGACAAGAAACCAGUACCUUUGAAUCUAAGAAACACAUACCAACAAGUUAAGAUUCAUCGGCACCAAGGAGGCGGUUUCUUCGCAGAGUCUGUUGCUCCUGAUGGUGUUCCUCCAAAGUUUCUAAGGAAAAAAGGAUGGGUAAUCCGCAGCUCAAGUUUGUACCGAUGGCAGUUAAGUGAUGCCUUAGGCCUUGACACUUCCCUCCGAUUGCGCUUCCCUGACUUCAACUUCCCCAUCUUUAAGAAACGUUCAGCUUCUAACGUUGUGGGGAAAUGGUACAGUCCAUUUGUGUUUGUGAGAGAGAGAUCCAGCGUAAGACGCCAGAUGAAGAAGUCGAAAUUCUACAGAAUAUCUAUGGAGCAGUGGUGGGAAGAGAUUUACUCCUGUGGGAAUACUAGCAAUGAAGGCAAUGUUGUGAAUGUGGAUGUAAGUGUACAAAGGGAAGUGGCUUUUGUAUCUGCCGCGGAAGCUGUCAAGGACGACAGAAAUGGUCGUACAGGGUUCACUUGGUUCAAGGCUUAUAAUCCAGACAGCCGAAAACUGGUCACCAUCGGUUUGAGCUCCGCGAUUGUCCAGAAUAUGAAAUGGGUUUUAGAGGCAGGAGGGUGGGUUACUGGGGAUGAGAAGGACACAAGGGUGCAGAAAGUAGAAGAGAUCAGAGACGGGUGGAGGAAGUUCGGCUGUUAUGUUCUGGUGGAGAGUUUCAAAUUGAGAAGAAUGGACGGAAGCCUGGUAUUGAGACAUGACUUCAGGCACACUAACACCAUAAGAAGUAAAUGGGAAUAA